CUGGCAUUGAGCGCUGGCGCGGCUUUCGCGAGUACGGGAGCUCUAUAUGUGACUGAGCGACUGCGUCUCGGUCCACGCGGCGGUACUCAGCUGGUGGUUAGAGUCGCUGUUAAUACGCCGGGAAGGAAGAAUAUUACAGUUGAAGUAACUGGAUACAGUGCGGACAAUUGUUCCGUUUCUUACACAUCAUUUAACAACGAGACGUUGGUCGGCUCAGUGAUAAGAUCGGCGAGUGUGCUUGUGCUGCCUGAAGGAUUGCACAGAAGUGACACUCAGAGUGCAUACUUUUGUGCUAAUGAACAUCUCGCGGUAUCGUCCCUUGGCUCUUGGGAAUGGCAGUGGGUGGCAGCGCCGCGCAACCGAGCUGGUUUGGUUCUGGAACUACGGGCGAAGGGUGCUGCUCAUGUCGCACUUUCUUCUAUACGAGAACCCUCAGACGAUAUGUACAGAGUCGUGUUCGAGAGGUCCCGCGUUUGGAUCGCUAAAGGGAAACAUGGGUACGACGUGCAUUUAGCCAGCGCGGAACAAACGGGCAACGACGACGAAUGUUCUGGUGCGGAGUCGUGGUGCGCGUGGUGGGUGUGGUGGGAGGGCGGUCGACUAUCGGUUGGUCGUGGCGCAGCACCGGCAGAAAGGAGACUCCUAGUCUGGCCUCUGACUCCUGAUAUGAGAAUCAACUAUGUAGGGUUUAGCGCAUUGUGGGGAGAAAAGGCGGACUUCAGAAUUUGGAAUUUUAAUGAAGAAGCCGGCUUCUCCCAAGUUCUCGAACUCGGUCUUCCUCACGGCGUUGUACCAGGAUCCGCGAGCGGCACUCUCCUCGUGUCAGGAGGUCUUCAUCUACCUUUGUACAGUCUGCUUACGGAUUCCGCUGACCAAUGGGCUGCAGUGUGGAGAGACUCUCAGCUGUCUGCAGCAUCAGCUAGUCUAGCACCGCUGUUAGCUUUAGAGCACAUUCCACACUUGGUAGAAGACAAUGAGCGAGAGAAAAUUUUAAAGAAAUUGCCAGAACAGGUUCAGAUUUUACUAUCAUUUCGUAAAAGUGACAAUUCUUUUAGCGACCAUCCAGCAAUGAGUAGUCACUUAUCUACAAUCAAAAUGUUAGAAAUCUUAACAAAAAUUCAAUCUUACUACCCAGUGGAUCCCAAUUUACUGCAAUCCAUUAAGAAAUGGAUUCAAAUGCGACAAGAAGCUGAUGGAUCGUUUUCACCUUUAGCGGCUGAUAAAGAAGUGGAUUAUUAUCCAUUGGAUAUGAAGAAAAAUAAUGGCACAGAAACUGAAGUUAAUGAAUAUUAUUAUUAUGAUAAAGAUGGAAAUAUGACAGACGAGGAAAUAGAAAGCGAAAGGAAAGUUGAAAUAACAGCUGAAACUUUAGCAGCGUUGCUUGAAGUCGGAAUUGAAAAUGAGUUCGAUGUUACCGUUGCAAAGAAAAGUCAAGCCUAUUUGGAAAAGAACAUCUACAAUCUAACAUCACCGGCUGCUCUUGCUGCUACAGUCCUAGCCCUCGUACUUGCAAGGAGUCCGAUUGUUCCUGAAGCUCUAACAAUAUUAAGAAAUGCUUCAACUACUGAGGAAGGCGAGUUCGGAUGGCCAGCUCCGAGAAAAGAUGCUGCAGAUUGGCUUCUAGAAGAGACAUCUAGAAAUAUAAAAACUACAUCGUACGAGGCUGUAACUAUGGAACAAUACGUAGCUGGUGUAAGAGUGUUGCUGGCAGCGUGCGCUCGCGGAGCUCUAGCUGAAGGCGAGGCGGCUGCCCGAUUCUUGUACUACAGAGCGUCGACAUUGCAGCGUCACCCGAGCCUUGCAUAUAGCGCUACUAAAGCUGCAGCCCAGUACGCCGCAUUGGCUCAUGACAGACAUAGAGCGUUAACUGUAUCUUUAGCAACAGCUGGUAUGGAAUUAACUGACACAUUGGAGCUACGAGCUAAAACACCACCUCGGCCACUACAGCUGCCUGGUUUACCGACUAAAGUUUUUGUCUAUGCCACCGGCGCUGGCUGCGCUACUGUUCAGGGAACAAUAUCGUACUCUACUUAUACUCCUAAAGCUGAAAAUGCUCUGUUGAAUAUUCAAGCUGCUAUCAUCGAAGAAAUUCAUCCAGAAAGGAGUAGCAUAGAGGACCUGCAAGGAAAUCUACCGACAUUAAUUAUCAAGACAUGUUUCAAGUGGAAAGGAAAAGAGCGUUCCGGUAUAUUACGUCUAGAGUCGUCGCUCUUCUCCGGGUAUGAGUUGCACUCCGUCAAUCCUGUGGUGCUAGAUGGUGCAACGUUUGCAGACCUGCAUUAUGGCUCUCGAGGGGAAUCCGUGUGGUUUGUCUUCGCCAAUAUCAGUUCAACUUGCCCUGUUUGUGUAACCUACGAAGCUCGGUCAAACUUCAUCAUAACAAGCCUGCGACCUGCAUUUGCAAAAAUAUAUCCUUCAACACGUCCAGAUUUAGCUGUCGAAACAUUCUUCCAUGCAAGACCUGGCAGUCCACUUCUUCGGGGCAUCACUGAUGAUGACUUUAUCACUUGGUUUGAUAAAACUGAAAUCGCAAGUCUAACGACUACAGCAAGUAUUGAUAACAUCUGUGAAUGCGGAAGAAUAUGCAGUAGAGAUUAUGAAUUUAGAAAGCAAAAUGAAACUAAUCAUACUCUACUUAAUUUCAAAACAAAUGACAGUCAUGCUGAAAUAAUUGAAAUUGUUACAGUCUCUGAAUACAAGGAUACCGAACGUACUACCAUAACGUCACUAACAACAUCACCAGCUACAACAAUUAAACCGAUUGUUAAUGAUUCCAACAGCUUAAUGACGAAUACAAUAAGUAAUUACUUAAACAAAACCAGUGAUUCUUCAAUAAAAAGUAAUGAUACUAUUAAUAUAAAUAAUCAAACUCUUGAUAAUCACUUGAAACCGUUAAUAGUUGGCACAAAGGAAGUAAAUGCUAAUAAACUACCAAAAUAUUUUCCCAAAAAAGAAGAAGCAAAGAAAAAAGUUUUGACAAGACGCAAAGGAACUCUUAAAGCUACUUACGGAGAUAAACAAGAAAAAUUCUUUAUUAAGUCAAAAGACGAAAAUACUAAUAAUGAAACACAUCACGUGGACAUCAAAAUAUUGAAAAAAAGUAAUUCCUCCAAAAUUCAUAUGAAAAAUGAAAUUAGCCAUCUAAAAAAUGUAACUGACUUUAAAGAUGAGAACAAUUCAACUUCAAAGGUUAAUAAUAUUUUAACAAUCAACAAUUUUAUCAAAAAUGUAACUAACGAUACAGGUUUUGCGCACAAAGAAACUACUGCCAUACCUCAUACAAUUGCUGCAAUAACAAAAAGUAAUAUACAGACAAUGCAUUAUAAAACCAAAAAGCCAAAACCCGUUACACAAAUUGUAAAACCUCGUAUAAACAUGAAAUUGAAUAACACAGAUAUUGACUUAAAAGAAAACAAUAAAACAUACGUAAAAAUAUCCAAAAAUAAACCUAAACCAGCUGUCAUUGAAAAAGCUGUAACAAAAACUUUGAAAUCUAUUAAUAAAGAAAUACACAAAAUACCUCCAACACCAAUAUCUGAAACUUCUAAAUCUUUAGCUGAAAAUGUCAAGACCGACAUAGCACCAGAAAAUAAAGAAGGUUACGAAAUUCUAGAUAAAAACCAUCUUUGGGAACUUCUUAAGGAAGGAAAUGAAGCAGGAAUAACAAAAAUUGAAGGCAAACUACAAAUAAAUAACAGGUUAAAUAUUGUGUCAAAUCUUACACAAAAUGACAAUCGUUCUUUAUAA